UCCCGGCGGGCCCGGCCCGCGCUGUGGGACGCGGCGCUGGCGGGGCCCGACCCGCACCGGGACCCCCGCACCCGGACCCCCGGGGCCGGGCCGGGGGCCGGGCGGCAGCGGGGGCCCGGGCCUCAGCUCUGCGGAGCCGGGCAGCGCCUCAGGUGGAAGAUGGGACCAUUUCCCUUGUGUUUUAGGUGACUCUGAUACCUGUUACCAUGAAGUCCCGAAGGAGAUAGAGGGACAGUAGUGGGAAUUUCUUCUCACUCCUCCAAAAAACCCCAACAGUUGCCUAAUGGGAUUACCUCUUACACUGACGUGAUGGGGAGCUGCUGCAGUUGUCUGUGCAGAGACAGCAUCCCAGACAACCAUCCCACCAAAUUCAAGGUAACGAACGUGGACGAUGAAGGUAACGAGCUGGGAUCUGGGGUUAUGGAGCUGACACAGAUGGAGCUCAUCUUGCACACUCACAAACGAGAUGCUGUCAGGUGGCCCUACCUCUGCCUGCGCCGCUACGGCUACGACUCCAACCUCUUCUCCUUCGAGAGCGGCCGGCGCUGCCAGACGGGGCAGGGGAUUUUUGCCUUUAAGUGUUCCAGAGCCGAGGAGAUCUUUAACCUGCUCCAGGACCUGAUGCAGUGUAACAGUAUCAACGUUGUGGAAGAGCCUGUUGUCAUCACCAGGAACAGUCACCCCACCGAGCGGGAGCUCUCCAGGACCCCCCAGGCAUCCAACAGUCUGGGGUACACUGUCCCAGGAUUUCCUAAUGGAUUUCACAGCUACUCUGGAGAAACCCUACCAUACUCUGCAGCCCACCACCCCUCUGUGAGCAGCCUGAAGCAUUCCUCUGUGGGUGAAGACUCUACUCAUGCCCUUAUUGGGCCUGAUGAACAGUCCCACACCUACGUCAACACGGCCAAUGGUGAUCAGGAGUUGAGGGGCCGACACUGUAUGCACUCCUUGCCUGAAGUCCACCCUCCUUUCCCCCAUAGGAACCGCAGCUGCUCCCUCGAAGACCGCAAUCCCCAGGUCUUCCUGCAGCCAGGGGAGGUUAAGUUCGUGUUAGGUCCCACAUCCAACUGCAGACGCUCCUGUCGGCACCACCGGGAGUGCAGGACACACUUCUGCCCCCCCAACAACAACAACAACGAGUGUGAGGAGGAGUGUCCUUCACCCCAGUGCGUCUAUGAGAACGUCAAUGGCCUGCUGCCCCCCAGCACCUCCUCUCUCUGCCGAGGCGGGCGCUUGAAGCUGCCCCGGGAGGACUCGGGCUUAGCCGGCUGCUCCCAUCGCAGGACGGCCUUGCUGCACUACGAGAACUUGCCAUCCCUGCCCCCGGUGUGGGAAUGCCAACCCCUCCCGCGGGGCGAGGAGGACGCGGGCGAUGGGUUGACCCCUUCCCCCAGCGGCUACUCCGAGGCUGGUGAAGAAGAUCCCCUCCAGAACUACAUGAACUCGGAGAGCACGGCCCUGCACCGGGGCCAGCGGCGCAGCAGCUUCCUGCCGAAGCCUCGGCGCAGCUGCGUGCCCAACGUCUUCAGCUUCGACUUCCCCCGGCCCUGCCCGGAGCAGCCACGGCAGCUCAACUACAUCCAAGUGGAGCUGGAGGCUGAGCCGCACAAGGGCCCUCAGAACCCCCCGGCCUCCCGUGUGCCAGCUCCUGCCAGCCCUGACGCCCGCCGGACGGACUCCUACGCGGUCAUCGACCUAAAAAAGACAGCAGCCAUGUCCAGUUUGCAACGGGCCCUGCCCAGAGAUGAUGGCACCUCACGGAAAACUCGGCAUAACAGCACUGACCUGCCCUUGUGAGGGGGGCCCGCCGAGUGCCAGCACCGUGUCGUGGCUUCCGUACCUGCCUUCGGUGUGACUUCCAUUCGCCAUUGCCUUCUGCUUCCCUGUUUACCCCAUUACUUGGUGUCACGGGAUGGCUCCUACAGCUGAUGUUAAGCCUAGUCUGUCUGUCUGUCCUCCCCUCUCUGUCUGUCCCAUGUCGUUCGUUUUUGAAGCCUUGUGGGGUAUUCAGCAUCGCUGUUUGAAGGUUCAGCCUCCAGCAGGAGGGGCAGGAGGUGCCAGCAGUGGCACCGGUGCUGUGUGGGUCCAGCCUUGGAUUGGCUUAGCUCUGCUCUCGCCUGGCAGCUCCAUGAGCAGUGCCAACAGCCUGGCUCCAGAGGCAGAGCAUAGCAUGGUGGAGGCAUGUUUCCCAAAGUGAGUUGCUUUAGGAGCUCCACUGCAAAUCCAGCCUAUUUUCCAUGGAUUCCAUGCCUUGCGGCUCGAGGCGACUGCUGCAGCUGGGCCUUGUGGUUUCGCCGGUCCCUGGGGAUGUGGGGGCUCAUGCUGUGGUCUUUCCCCCCUCAGCUCCUUCUUCCCCUCUGCACUGUUCCGUGUUUUCUUGUAGAAGCUUUUGAUACUUCUGUCCCUCUCUCAGAUUCCAUUUGAAUUGGGCAGCUCUAGAAACGAAGAGGACAGACAGCCAUGGGCGCAGACACUGUGAUCACAUAAACCUGACUUCCUAAAGAGACCCUGCUUUAAAAGGAGGGGAAGACCACAACUGUGAGAGAGGUUUGAGGUUUGGUACAGAAAUCUUCAGUUGUACCAUACCCUGCUCUUUAAAGGUUCUUUUUGGUGGCUGUUCCAAAAUGGUGUUGAUUUAUUUAUUUGCUUAUUUAUUCACUCGAUGAUGUUUUGCAUCCCAAUGGUGAUUGCCCAGACCAGUGCCAAUAGGACACGAGCACUCGCCGUGGCUCACUCCUGCCUGGGGGGGGGACAGCUCUCAGAAGAGGUUGGUGGCUUUGCUGAGCUGCUGCUGGGGAAAAGAGCAGUUGUGACUCAAUAGACAUGUUUAAACUGGGACCGACUGUCGCAGGCUGGGUGGCAAAUGGGAGACGUGGGAGUGCGAGCGGAGCUGCCAGGCAGCCGAGCCUGGAGUUGUAUCAGUCUUUGCCUUCACCCACGUGCCUGGCUGGCUCCAUGAGGAAUGUUUGAUCGGUGUCCUGAGGGAAUGUGCAGUUGGUUUCCUGCAGCUGGGGGCUUGGAAGGGCUCAGCUUCAGCUCCUGGGUAAAUCUGUGGCCUUUGAUGUGGUUUUUUUCUCUUGAUACCAGGGCUGAGUCUAAGCUGAGCUGUGAGGCCUCUGCAUGAGGCCCUGUGUAGGGUCUCUGCUCCUUGUCCUGUUGCAGGCUGUCCCACCACCCCUCUCCACAUGGUGACACACUGCAGCUUAGUCCCUCCCUGGCUCACUCUUUGCCAUUAUAAGCUAUUCCAAUAUGACACAAGUGCUCUGGAUUCCCACCCUUCUGCUGCCUGUGUUCAUCUUCCUCCCUGGGAUAGGAGUGGGGAGAGCUAGUGCUCUCCGAUGUGUCCCACUGCCAAAUCUUGCUGUGUUCUCCUUGUCCCUAAGGUUUCCACUGUCAAAACCUCUGGGCUGAAAGAGGAGAGAACCCCCUUGUCCUGUUGCAACCUGCUUCUGAGGUCCAGAAACUUGGCGUCCAGAAUUAAGUUCAGCCUUUUUGGGUUUGGUGCUGUAAUGUCACGCUGAAAUGUGACCCUUUUGGGAGCAAGGACAUGCUCCUGCAGGUCAGAAGGUGUGAGCAGUGCCAUGCUUGUGUGGGCAGGACGUGGAUCUCUUGUCUUGCUGGUGCACUAUAAAUUCAAGGUUCACCUCGUGCUUAAAUUCACUGGGUUUUGGGGAAGUGCUUGUGCUUGUCUUCCAUACUGUUCUCCACCCCAUCCUUUGUGUGGUCUGUAACUGGGAGGAAACCCAAGUAAUAUAUUUUUAUAUGGAUGCCAAAUGAAUUUAUUUGACAGGGAAAGGCAAUGUAUCCCCCUAAAUCUAGCUUUCAGUUAGGGAAGUGAGAAGAGAAAUUGUUUAUAUAUAUAUAUACAUAAAUAUAUAUAUGAAAGUUAACGGCAUUAAGCUUUAAAUAAAUGAUUUAACUAAA